AUGAGAGCUAUUUCUCAAAGUUCAUGGACCCUUGGUGCAGACCAAUGGGCAUUAAACCUUUCCCUUCUUGGAAACUCUAAUUUUGCUUGUUCUUCAAGUUCUGGAUCAAUCAAUGUAUACGCUUUGAACAACAAUAGUCCAACACUUUCCUUUAAAGCCCAUGAAUCCAGUAUAAAUUCAAUGAAGAGCAUUGACUCUAACACUCUUGUAUCUUGUUCCACAGAUGGUGUAAAAUUAUGGGAUUUACGUACUUCAUGCUCUUCUGCAUCUCAUACCCUUUCAAAUGAAAAGAGUUCAAACUUCCUUAGUGUGAAUUUUUCUGAAACUAUGAUUGCUGGUGGAACUGAACUUCAAGGUGUUGAUGCUGAACUUCAUUUAUGGGAUUUGAGAAAUCCUGGUGCUGGAGUUGUAAGAUCAUUUGUAGAUUCUCAUCAUGAUGAUAUUACCGAUAUCAAAUUCCAUCCAACCCUUCUGCAAUACCUUAUGUCUGGAUCUACCGAUGGCUAUGUCAACGUUUAUGAUCUCAACCAAGCCGACGAAGAAGAUGCCUUACAUCAAGUCAUCAAUUAUGCCUCCGUUCACUCAUGUCAUUUCACUCAAGAACGUAGAAUUGCUGUUCUAUCACAUAUGGAAACAGUUGCAUUCUAUGAAUUGAAUAACACAAACUAUGAAGAAAUUGAAGAACCAGCACCUAAUGACUUGGGUGAUGUAAGAUCGACAUGGCCAGAUUGUGAAUAUAUUGUAGAUAUAUAUCCAGGAUUUGUUGCUUAUGGUGCAAACACUCAACAAAAACUUUCAUUAUAUCCAUUUGAUUCUGCUAAGGAAAAGGUUGAUUUAACCAGACCGGUAUGGUUCCCCAACGCACACGGUGAAGAAGUUGUACGUGACGUAUUGGCUAUCCCAGGUACGAAAUCUGUACUUACAUGUGGAGAAGAUGGUAAUAUUAGAUCCUGGGAAUUACCUUAUCAACUCGAUUUUGAUUCAUUUUAUAAGAUUGGCGACCAAGCUGAGACUUCUGAUAUUGACAUAGAAUUAGAAUCAGAGGUUGAAUCGAAAUCUGAAAAGAAGGAAAAGAAAGACAAGAAAGAAAAGAAGGAAAAGAGAGAAAAGAAGGACAAAAAGGAAAAGAAGGAAAAGAAGGAUAAAAAGGAAAAGAAGGAAAAGAAGGAUAAGAAAGAUAAAAAGGACAAGAAGGAAAAGAAAAAGUCUAAGAGUGACGUCCGUUUCAAACCAUAUUAG